AACGCGACAGAAAACACACCUGACUGGUGACAGCAAAAUAGAAACUGACUUUCACAGUAUCUACCCAAGAAAUGUGUCUUCCUGUGGAUAUCACUCUAAACUGCACACCAACUAUGAUAACAUGACAACUGAGAGGAUGGACUUGAAUACAACUCUACACAGGGUCAGCAGACUGCAUGUUUUGGUUUGGAGCAGCACACAGUCGUAGAAAGUUGGCCAGCGUACUCUAUAAUAAGACCUUUCCACGCUCUGAUGAGCUGAUGAGCAUGUCACUCAACUCCACGGCCGAUAAUCUGUGUGCACCGGAUGACCACCUCUGUAUUGUAAGGGAGCAUUUGCAGGCAGUGAUCAUCGUCCCUACUCUGCUCAUCCUGACAACCCUGGUGGGCUUAGUGGCUGUGUGCUGCCUGAGGUAUUGUCCUGAAAGGAAGCGGCCAAAGACCACUUCCGCUCCACGCUACCACAGCGCAUUGCACAAACAGAGGCACAGCCACAGAAAUCACCUACAGGGCAUUGAUGCACCCCCGGGGAUUAACCCACUGGAACAUGAAGAGCUGCCAAUGUCAAUUCAACAAGUGCAACAGAAUGGCAGGCCAACUCUGGCUGCAGUACCCCCAAUGUCCACAGAGAGGCAAAGAGGAGCCUUCAGCCAGAUGACUGCGCUGCAACCGCCCUUCCUAGUCACAUCUAACAACACAUACAUCCUCUACAGAGCCCGCAAGGACAACAGAGAUGUCAUCCUGAGGAUGCUAAAAGAGACAGCAAACGGCCGUGAAAAGCAGGAAUUUUUGGGAUUUGCUGCCUUCGUGUCAGGACUCGGGCCUCACCCCUUCCUACCUGAGCUGCUGGGUGUAGUCUCAGUGCAGCCGCCCCUGGUGAUGGUUGUGGAGGAGCUGCAGCACAGAGACCUAUUGGGGUACCUGUGGAAAUGUCGACAACAGGGCAACUCGGGUUCAGAGUCUUCAUGUGAAAUGACGGAGAAGAAGAUCUUCACCAUGGCAGGACAGGUGGCCUCUGCCCUGGAGUACCUGCACGGUCAGCGCUGCAUCCAUGGCAACGUGGGAUCUCGCAGCGUACUGGUUGGUGGAGAUCUGACAGCAAAGCUCUGGGGAUUUGGCUCGGCCUACCGCAGGAGAACACAGGCCGUUUCACCGGGGGAAGUCGGGGACAUUGAGAUGAGGAAGUGGCAGGCACCUGAAGUGCUGGGCGGAAAGGCUGUCAGUCAGAGCAGUGACGUAUGGUCCUUUGGUAUCCUGCUCUACGAAAUGGUCACACUGGGUGACCCACCGUUUGCUGAAUACAGGGCAACCGAACUUCUGCAGUAUCUACAAAGGGGAAAGCAUCUCAAACGGCCGACCACUUGCUCCAACUCACUAUACUCCAUCAUAAAGAACUGCAGCCAUUGGCGCCCCGAACACCGUCUGUCAACGUCGGAGCUCAUUAGAACACUUCAGUCGGGAGAGAAAUCAGCCAAUGGGAGGAAAGCUCUCAAAGUGGUUCAACCACUGGAUAUCGAGAAGUACCUAAGGGAGGCGGGAUAUGGAGAGGCGUAUAACUACGCUGUGCUAUGAUUGGAUGGGGCGGUUGUUACACCCAGGACUACUGGAAAAUGGAAGAAUUUAUAAAAUAUCAUUUUCUCAAAGAACUGCACCUUGUUUGUGAAACACACCUUUUUGUUUGAUAUAUCUGUUUGUAAUAUUGGAACACAUGUUUGAAUAGUAAUAUAUGGAUUGUAAAUAUGUCUCUUUCUCUAAACUAACUUAUGCAAUGACUAAUGUUAUGAAAGAAAACAAUACAUGUUUGCUGCACUUUUCACUGAAACAACAUGUUUUGUAUGUACAAAGCUUCUCAGAAGCUAUACAAAGAUGAGGGGGUGCACUUAACAGCUGUGUGAUGUCUACUUUAUUAAAACACUGCAUUAUUUUAAAACCAAUAAUUAUAAUUUAUAAAAUAAAUAAGAGGCUUUUGUAAACCUCAUACAGUCAUACGUGCAAGACUUUCACUAUAUUCUGCAGUAUAACACUAUAUAGGCUACUGGCCCUAAAUGUAACAUGUUAAAAGCCUGCAGCAACAUUGACUAAAGACAGAUGGCAAAGGAAAUAGUUAACUUGAGAAAUGGCAAAGCUGAAAAUCUGGUUUGCUUAAAAUAUCCUUGCCACAUUAAACUGGAAUGUGAGACGGGGAAGCGCAUGUUCCAAGCACAUUAAAAACAUAAAACAAGAGUCUAUUAGCCCGGAGGAUUAGGUGACCUCAGGCUUAGGUCAAGUCAGGACAGACAUAAAAACACAGAAGUGACAGUUUUAGAACAGUUCCUUGGUUAUUUAUUUGCAUGAUAGUUUUGUUAGCUUCUCUUUUUCAAACUCAGUCCCUCCAGGAAUUUGCAGUUUUUCUGAUUAUUGCAAGCAAACACAUUUUGAUCCUGAAAUAGCCUCUAUAAAAAUAAAAGCUUUUUGCAGAA